CAGGUUUUGAUAAAUCUCCCCCAUUGUAUAGCUCUACAGGAUAAACCUUGUCAGUGAGGUAGUAUGGUAUAAAUGUACACCUCAGUUAAUCCUUUUCCAGAAGCACUGCUGGUUGCCAGGACAUGCUGGGAGUUAUAGUGCACAUCAGCUGGAGAACCACGGGUUUGGAGACUUCUACUACCACAAGGGCCCUUGCAGGCUCCCAGCAAGUCCCCGCUCUUCAUGCCCAGAGCACCCAGACUAUCUGUGCCAGUGUAGUGAUCAUCUGUACCUCCCUACAGCAGGCACCGAGCUUUUAGGAUACAAUGGAUGAUGAUAUCAGCGGCUCUAGGAAGAGAUAUGAAGAUGAAGAGGAUUACCACUCUAUCUACAUUGGAGUGCCAGCUCCACGGAGUUACAGAAGAAAAAGACGUCGAAGAAGAUCUUUGUCCAGCCGAGAUAGGAGCAGUGAAAAUGAGAAGCACUAUGACAGAGAUGAGCAUUCAGAUACAGAUGGAGGAGGAAGACUCAGCUAUGACAAUGACAACUGCAACAUCAGCCGAACCGUGUCUCCGGCAGCUGAACGCCUGCGAUAUAUUCUGGGUGAAGAUGAAGAAGCCCCAAAUCCUACACUAUUUACCGAGAUGGACACUCUGCAGCAUGAUGGUGAUGAGCUGGAGUGGAAGGAAACCGCAAGAUGGAUAAAAUUUGAAGAGAAAGUAGAAGAAGGAGGAGAGAGGUGGAGUAAACCGCAUGUGUCAACUUUGUCCCUACAUAGCCUGUUCGAGCUACGAACUUGUCUCCAGACGGGAACUGUGUUGCUUGAUUUAGAUGGUUAUUCCCUUCCACAGAUCAUAGAUGACAUAAUUGAGAAGCAAAUAGAAGAUGGGAUGCUCAAGUCUGACCUCAGGGAGAAAAUUAGUUUUGUUCUUUUAAGGAAACAUAGACACCAAACCAAAAAACCCAUUCAUCGGUCCCUGGCAGACAUUGGAAAAUCUGUCUCCUCCAAUACCAAUCGAAUUCCUAUCCCAAGUGUUCCUGCUGGUAAUCACCUCCAUCGCUCUACAGAGGAUCUGAGAUUGAGACAGAAUGCCAGCUAUGGAAGACUGCGUCAUGCACAUAGCAGAAGUAUGAAUGACAUCACUGAGACUCCAAGCACUGACCAGCUAAGGAAUAAGUUUAUGAAGAAAAUCCCCAGGGAUGCAGAAGCUUCUAAUGUUUUGGUUGGAGAAGUGGACUUCUUAGACAAACCAUUUGUAGCCUUUGUACGACUGGUUCAGUCUAUAAUGCUUGGAGGCGUCACAGAGGUUCCUGUGCCCACCAGAUUCCUAUUUAUUUUACUGGGUCCAAUGGGCAAAGUCAAGUCCUAUAUAGAAAUUGGCAGAGCAAUUGCAACCUUAAUGGUGGACGAUCUCUUCAGUGAUGUCGCUUACAAGGCAAGAAAUCGCGAGGACCUGAUUGCAGGAAUAGACGAGUUCUUGGAUGAAGUCAUUGUCCUUCCACCUGGAGAAUGGGAUCCCACCAUUAGAAUAGAACCUCCCAAAAAGAUUCCCUCAGCAGAUCAGAGAAAAUCUGUCUUCUCUGUGAAUGAAGCAGGACAGAUGAAUGGAUCGGCUGGAGGAGGAGGUGGUGGAAGUGGUGGAGGUGGGAGUGAAGACGGAGAGGUGCCCUGUGCACAUGAGAUUGGAGAAGAACUUUCGUGGACUGGCAGGUUCUGUGGAGGACUUUACCUGGAUAUUAAAAGGAAACUCCCAUGGUUCCUGAGUGAUUUCUAUGAAGCCUUCCACAUUCAGUCCAUUUCUGCCAUUCUUUUCAUCUACCUCGGUUGUAUAACAAAUGCCAUCACAUUCGGAGGAUUGCUGGGUGAUGCUACAGAUAACUAUCAGGGUGUGAUGGAAAGCUUCCUUGGGACGGCAAUGACGGGCUCUGUGUUUUGUCUCUUUGCCGGACAACCUCUGAUCAUCUUAAGUAGCACCGGGCCCAUUCUCAUCUUUGAAAAGCUCCUGUUUGAUUUUAGCAAAGGUAAUGAUAUAGACUACAUGGAAUUCCGCCUGUGGAUUGGCCUCCAUUCAGCUCUGCAGUGCCUUAUCCUGGUGGCCACCGAUUCCAGUUUCAUCAUCAAGUACAUCACGCGGUUCACUGAAGAAGGCUUCUCCACCCUCAUCAGCUUCAUCUUCAUUUAUGAUGCCAUCAAGAAAAUGAUCGGGGCCUUCAAGUAUUACCCCAUCAAUUCUGACUUUAAACCCGACCAGGUCACAACGUACAGAUGUGAAUGUGUGGCUCCAGACCCAGUGAACGCGACUUUUUUCAAUGCUUCAGUUCUGUUUGCGCCAAACAACACUAACAUGUCUUUGUACAAUACCAUGAAUAACACAGCUUUGGACUGGAACCAGCUUAGCAUGAAGGAAUGUCUGAAAUACGGUGGAAGUCUACUGGGGAACUCCUGCAAUUACGUGCCCGACCUGGCGCUAAUGUCCUUCAUCCUUUUCUUCGGAACCUAUUCCAUGACCGAGACACUGAAGAAGUUCAAGUUCAGCAGAUACUUUCCCACCAAGCUUCGUACCCUGGUGUCUGAUUUUGCCAUUGUCGUCACAAUCCUCUUCUUCUGUGGUGUGGAUGCAUUUUUUGAGCUGGAGACACCAAAAUUGCAUGUUCCUAGUGAAAUUAAGCCAACGAGAUCGGAUCGCGGUUGGUUUGUCUUCCCGUUUGGAAAGAAUCCUUGGUGGAUUUAUCUGGCCAGCGCAUUACCUGCUCUCUUGGUGACAAUUCUGAUCUUCAUGGAUGAGCAGAUUACAGCUGUCAUAGUCAACAGAAAAGAGCAUAAACUAAGGAAAGCCUGUGGCUAUCAUCUAGAUCUCUUCUGGGUUGGCAUUCUUUUGGCUAUUUGCUCCUUCAUGGGUCUGCCCUGGUACGUGGCAGCAACCGUCAUCUCCAUUGCUCAUAUUGAUAGCUUGAAAAUGGAGACAGAGACCAGUGCCCCUGGAGAACAACCACAGUUUUUGGGUGUGAGGGAACAAAGAGUGACCGGAAUUAUAGUAUUUGUUCUCACUGGGAUCUCAGUCUUCUUGGCUCCAGUACUUAAGUACAUCCCGAUGCCUGUCCUCUAUGGCAUUUUUCUGUAUAUGGGCGUUGCCUCACUCAAUGGAAUCCAGUUCUGGGACCGCUGUAAGCUCUUCAUGAUGCCAGCAAAGCACCAGCCUGACUAUGCAUAUCUCCGGCACGUUCCGCUACGUCGAGUCCAUCUCUUCACCCUUGUCCAGAUUGUCUGUCUUGCUGUUCUAUGGGUUCUUAAAUCUACAGUUGCUGCCAUCAUUUUCCCAGUCAUGAUCCUUGGCCUCAUGAUGGUGAGAAAGAUGCUGGACUGGGUGUUCAGCCAACAUGACCUCGCCUGGUUGGAUGACAUAUUACCGGAAAAGGAAAAGAAAAAGGAGGAAGACAAGAGCAAAAAGAAGAAAGGCAAAGACGAGGUGGAUAGUGAUGAGGAGAGAACUGGCCAUCCAGGGGCGCUGCAUUCAGAUUCCUCUGCCAAUGGAUCAGAUAUUGAUCGCAGCAUUACCCUACACCUGAAGAUCUCCUGCCCUCCAUCACCGGCCAUCAGCUAUCCUAGGACUGCAGCCGGUGCUGUCCCACAGGUGAAGAUUGAGAUGGAUUCAGAAUAUGAUGACUCUGACAUAGAGAAGAAUCCUAGAGAUCGGGGCAGUGAAACCACUUUAUAGCAGCCAUAACAGAUCCCGUCUGCCAGGUUACCGAGGCCUCUGAAUCCUGGAACUGUGAGAGGAUGCGACACCAGGGUAUCGGGGCAUCUUUUUAAAGAGGUGUUAACACUGUUAUCUCUAUGUACAAAGGACUUUUGUGAUUUAUGGUUUUCCUAAAAGGUCAAAACAAUUCUUUAUAUGGAAACAAUUCCUCUACCUGCAGCCGCUGGUUACUUGAGGUCCAGAAUCAUUCAGUCAGGGCUGGUCAUACUGUACAGGCAAUAUAGGCACCUGCCUAGGGCAGCAGUGAUCAUGGGUGUCAUUCUGUUAUGGUGACUUAUUUAUUUUGUUCCCUUAAGCCUUCUGUUCUUUCUUACUCUCUUUCAUCAGUAAAAUAAUAGAAGAAAGAUUUGUGUAAGGGGGUUAAGAAAGAAGGGGGAGGGGUGAAAUUCAUUUGGAGAUAUGUAGGGUUUGUCCAAAAUAAGAAAAACACUGCUUCUUUCUUCCAAAACUACGCCACUAAGUUCAUGUGUGGUAUUGCAGCUCAGUUCUAUAGCGGUUAAUAGAGCCAAGUUAUAAUACCACACACAACCUGUUGGCAGAUGUGGUUCUGUUUUUAGAAGAAACCAGCUAUGUGUUUCUAAUUUUGAAUAACCCCUUUAAAGGGGUACUCCAUUGGAAAACAUUUUUUUUUCCAUUUGAACUGGCUCCAGAAAGUUAAACAGAUUCGUAAAUUACUUCUAUUAAACAAUCUUAGUCCUUCCAGUACUUAUCAGCUGCUUUAUAAUACAGAAGAAGGUAAGUUGUUCCUUUCUGUCUGACCACAUUGCUCUCUGCUGACACCUCUGUCCAUGUCAGGAACUAUCUGGAGCAGGAGAGGCUUGCUGUGGGGAUUUGCUCCUGCUCUGUCAGCUGAGCGCACUGUGGUCAGAUUGGAAAGAAAUAUUCAACUUCCUCUGUAGCUUACAGAAGCUGAUAAGU